AUGAUGAAUAAGAUGACCAGCUCUGAUCUCAUAGAUUCUAAGCUUGAAGAACAUCAGUUGUGUGGAUCCAAACACUGUCCUCGCUGCGGUCACAAGUUCGAUCAAGGCAAACCGGAUUGGUUAGGUCUACCGGCCGGAGUGAAAUUUGAUCCAACAGAUCAAGAACUCAUCGAACAUCUAGAAGCGAAGGUUGAAUCGAAGAACAAUAUGAAAUCACAUCCUUUGAUUGAUGAAUUCAUUCUCACUAUUGAAGGUGAAGACGGAAUUUGUUACACACAUCCUGAAAAACUUCCAGGAGUGACAAGAGAUGGAUUAAGCAGACACUUUUUCCACAGACCAUCAAAGGCAUAUACCACAGGAACACGAAAGAGGCGAAAGAUUCAAACGGAAGAAUGUGAUUUACAAGGAAGUUCAGGAGGAGAAACAAGAUGGCACAAAACUGGAAAAACAAGACCUGUUAUGGUUAACGGGAAACAAAAAGGCUGCAAGAAGAUUCUAGUACUCUACACGAAUUUCGGGAAGAAUCGAAAACCUGAGAAGACGAACUGGGUUAUGCAUCAGUAUCAUCUAGGACAGCAUGAAGAAGAGAAAGAAGGAGAGCUUGUUGUUUCAAAGAUAUUUUAUCAGACACAGCCAAGACAGUGUAAUUGGUCUGAUAAUAAUCAUAGGAUUGGUGCAACAGCAACAACUACCGGUGAAGGAAGUGGUGGUGAACCUAAUAAUGUUAUCAAUGCAAGAAGAGAUAGUGGAAGUGGAAGUUCCUCUUCUAAGGAGAUUGUAACUCAUCAUAAUCAUACUCAUAUCUAUAGAGACGAAAUUUCUGCCGCUGCUGUUGCUGUUGCUGCUGUUGGUGUCCCAACUCCUUUAACAAGCUUCUCAAAUGCUUUGGAUAUUCAACAUCUUAAAUCUGAUCAUUUCGGCUUCAUCCCAUUUCGGAAAAACAGCUUCGAUGAGGUUGGAAUAGGAGAAGGUUCUACAGCAUCAGGCUCAUGUGAUCAGGAGCAGCAUCAUGUAGUAACACAUCAUCAUCAUCAACAUCAUCAACAACAACAGCAGCAACAUCAACAUGAGCAUCAUGUGCAACAACAAAUUAAUGCAAACGCAGCUUUCCAUAUCAGUAGGCCUUCAAAUCCAAUCUCAACUAUCAUCUCUCCACCUCCACUUCACCAUACAUCCAUCAUCCUUGAUGAUAAUUCUUAUCAUGUCUCAACAAUCACGCUCCAAAAUGAUAAUUUCCAGCAACAACAACAACAGCAACAACAUCAUAAACUUGGUGGUGGAAGGUCUGCGUCUGGUUUGGAAGAAGUCAUCAUGGGUUGCACUUCAACAUCUUCUGAUACUAUCAAAGAGGAAUCAUCUAUGAGAAACCAACAAGAAGCAGAAUGGUUGAAGUACUCAUCUUAUUGGCCAGUUGACCCUCCUCCUCAUGACAACCAUCAUCAUCAACAUCAUCAUCAACAUCAUCAUGAUCAAUAG